AUGGCUAAUGAAAAAAGAAACCAAGAUUAUAUUACAGAAAAAAUAGAGAACAACAACUCAAAUCUAGUACAAAAGAUAAACAUCUCAUCUUCUAAUUCAAAACUUUCUGAACUAGAAAGUGAAACUGCAACAGCAGAUAUACAGAAAAACAAAAAAAGGAAGAAUAAGAAAGGAAUACAUGAGAAUGAUAUA